AUGUCCUUCAUCUCGGACAUAAAAUUGAACCGGGUAGACCUCGCAUUAGCUCGUCAUGAUCCAAUUCAGCUAUCUGAUAAUCUACAGCUAACAUUGAACCUGUAUAACGAGUUAGCUAUAGUUGAACCACGAUUUCCAUCAUAUCACAAUGCAAUCAACAAGAGCCGACAUCGAACAGUCUUAAACACCAAAGAAAUCUUCUCCACUGGGUCUAUAUUGUAUUCGGAAGCAGUUGGAAACUUGCCCGUGGGUCGGUUCAAGGAUGUUGUGUUCAAGGAUGGCGACGAGUUUUAUAACAUCACUGCUCAAGAGCCGAUUAUUGUUGAGCAAAAGUGGAGUACAAUAAAUCCAAAUACGAGAGACUGUUUGUUGGGGGUGUUAUUCAGUACAGGCGAGAUGCUAGUUUUGGGACGAGAAAAUCACAAUCAGAUAUACAACUAUAAAGUAAAGGUUAAUGUGUUUGAAGCGUUGGCAAAAUUGUAUGAGAUUCCGUUCUUUGAAGGGAAAUGGUACGUCAGCGCCGAGGAGUUCAAACGUCUAAGGCUAAAGUACUUUGCAUUUUAUGGAAGUGAAUUGGCAGUUGUCGAUUUGACUAAUCGAAUCACCAUCUUUGACUUUGACUUGAACGUGGUCAAACAAGUUGAUUUUGCAAAGGAAAUUGCAAAACUAUUCUGGGAAAAGAAUACUCUUUUGGUUAUUGGAAGAGACAAUUCGAUACUGGUGGUCAAGGACGAUGUAAAGGAGAUCCAUCCAGCUCAGCGAGGUCAUUUUCAGAAGGCAAAGAUUGUUCAGUACCAGGAGGAUAUUUUAGUCAUUGUGGUGUUUAUGUCAAAGGUUGUUGUAUUAGGCAGUGGAGGUACGCACGAGUUUGAUACAGAGACUUGGAAUACUUGCACGUCUAUUAUUGCAGGACGAAGUAAACAGUUGUCGAUUGUGUUAGCGUACGAAGACUCAACAAUUCUUACACUUUCAUUCGAUGGAGGCAAUCUAUCCAAGAUACCCAAUGACUUGUCAUGGGCAAUGUUUAAAGAAAGAGUAUUGAAUAGGUUUCAAAUGUCUUUCGAAGGAGGAUCAAUUGAAGGUAGUAUAAUUUUACACGGGGUUGAACCAAUUACUGAUAAUAUCUUGGGGGUAGUGUACAAAGUCCUACCCAAGAAUGCGAUCCAUUUCAGAAUCCCCUCUGAGAUAAGCGUCAAUUUGUCAUUUUUUCAACUUGAAUCGUCAAUAGGACAACUCAAGGACACGGUGGUGAACACAUCCAUAGCCAAACUUGCAUGUUUUUAUUUAGAGAAUUUUGCAACCAUACCAGUGGUGAUUGAUGACUUGACCAUGUCACAUUUGGAAAAGGUUGACGUGUUUGUACCACAGCUACAAGUGUUUGUGAAUGAGGUCUUGCAACCAAAGGAGUUACCAGAACCGACAACAGAGGGAACUUUGCAAGUGGAUUUGAUAAAACAUUUCGUUCAAAACGAAGCAGUUGUUGACAAUCAAUUCAAAAUCUGUUUGGCAAGAUUGCUCUUGUCUGCACUUGGGCAAUUUGAAACCCCAGGAAAUGGAAUGACUGGCGAGUUAUACAAACGAGUGCAUGCCAUACACCAUAGUAUCGAGCACCGGAUACGAAAUUAUAUUAUACAGUUGUUACAUCAAGUAGCUCAAAGAUACCCCGUGGAGAAUGAAACAGACAGGUUUUCUUUAAUAGCACAGGGUCUUCGGUUUGGUCUCAAAUUGAGUGAAUCUGAAGCCAAGAUCAAAGUGGGUACAAACCUAGUUGAAGAAUUUAGCAUUGACUCUAAAGCUGAGCUACAGACAAACUCAAACAAUAUGAUAAUGUCAACAUCUGGACAUUCAUGGACAACAUGUGAUGUAACCGCACUUCCGAUUGUUGAUCGAAAGACAAAAAUAGACGAGUUAGGGAACUACAAGUAUUUGUACGGCGACCAAAACUCACCCAUAGUUGAUACACUAAGACAUACAAUUGACUUUUGCUACAUCAGUGGGAAUAGAACAUACAUUGGUCAAUUUUGA